UACUGAUAUCUUAUCGUUCCCUACGUCACUUUAAAAGUGCGAAAACGCUUAGCUUAUCGAGCAAACAAACCGUAGACACCCAUGAAAUUUUGGCCUGGGUUCAGUUUAGUUCCUUUACCCAACUGACUAAAUUCGAGUGUUUCGUUUUUAUAAUGUCAUUGACAAUGUUUUAAUUGAAGAUGACAAUGAACGCGUUGGCUAGAAUAUGAAGUCGAUCAAGGCCCGGCUGAAGCACCCAAUCGAAAGACUAUUGGUGAUGGACAAACCGUCCAGUGCGCGCAGCAGCAGCAGCAAGAAUCACAAUCACAAUCGAAUGAACCGCAGCUCCACUUCCCGUCGAAAUCCAGACGAGGAUCCUGCCGACGAGACUACAAAACAUCGGUUCUUCUGGGGCAACCGGCGCAACUCGACCACUGGACAGAGCGGCGGCGACAAAGGUCGUUCCAAGAUCGACUUGACCACCGCUGGCGGGAAAAAGAAAUCACCGAGGCCAUCAGCUUACACCCAGACGGAUAGAAGCAAAUCGAAUCGCAAUUUAAACAGCAGGAAUACACGUUGCAAUUCCCUGGCUGGCACGGCGAUUACGAGCAGGGAAAACGUCCGGCAAAUAACCGGGUCCAGGAACCCGGACGAGCUGACCGCCCGGUGCAGUGCGACGCACGAGGGCCGCAAGGUGCUGCAGGAGCGACUGAUGGUGCAGGUGGACGCACUGUUCAACAUGCUCUUCUCCGCCUCGCCGUUCCUGCAGAGCUUUCACGAGCGGCGCAAGUCCACCGAUCUGCGCAUGGGCGGCUGGAAGCGGAACGCCAACGGCCAGAAUGAGCGCAUCGUCACGGUGACCGUGGCCCUGCAGGCGAAUGUCGGGCCCAAAACGGCCAAGGUCACCGAGACGCAGAUCAUGCGCGAAUGCAGCCAACCCGGGCAGCUGUACUCGAUCGAUGUGCAGAGCGUCAAUGCCGAGAUCCCCUACGCGGACGCCUUCGUCGUCCUGGUGCACUUCUGCCUAAGGGCCACCGUCGAGGAGUACACGGACGUCCUGGUCUUUGCCCAGGUCAAGUUCCUCAAGUCCGUGUGGGCGGUGGUCAAGGCGUUCAUCGAGAAGAACACGUACGCGGGUCUCGAGGAGUUCUGCCAGUCGCUGUACAGCGCCCUACUCUUGGAGAUCAAGAAGAGGUAG